AUGGAACUGGGCCCGGAGCCCCCGCACCGCCGCCGCCUGCUCUUCGCCUGCAGCCCCCCGCCCGCACCGCAGCCCGUCGUGAAGGCGCUGUUCGGCACGCCAGCCGCCGGGGGCCUGUCGCCUGUCACCAACCUGACGGUCACCAUGGACCAGCUGCAGGGACUGGGCAGUGAGUAUGAACAACCCAUGGAGGUGAAAAACAGCAGUCUGCAGAGAAUGGGCUCCUCCGAAUCAACUGAUUCAGGCUUCUGUCUGGAUUCUCCUGGGCCCUUGGAUAGUAAAGAAAACCUUGAAAAUCCCACGAGGAGAAUAAAUCCCCUACCUCAGAAGCUCUUGGGUUGUAGCCCAGCUCUGAAGAGGAGCCAUUCUGAUUCUCUUGACCAUGAUGUCUUUCAGCUGAUUGACCAGGAUGAGAACAAGGAAAAUGAAGUUUUUGAGUUUAAGAAGCCAAUAAGACCUGCGUCUCGAGGCUGCCUACACGUUCACGGACUGGAGGAGGGUAAAGAUCUCUUCACACAGAGGCAGAACUCCGCCCCAGCUCGGAUGCUUUCCUCAAAUGAAAGAGAUGGCAGCGAACCAGGGAAUUCCAUUCCUUUUAUGCCCCAGUCACCUGUGACUCCCACUUUGUCUGAUGAGGAUGAUGGCUUCAUGGAUCUUCUUGAUGGAGACAAUUUGAAGAAUGAUGAAGAGACACCGUCCUGCAUGGCCAGCCUCUGGACAGCUCCCCUUGUCAUGAGAAGAACUACGAACCUAGGCAAUCGCUGCAAGCUGUUUGACUCCCCUUCCGCGUCGUGUAGCUCUACCAUCCGGUCAAUGUUGAAAAGACCAGACCGAUCACUAGAGGAGUCCCCAGGUGGAAACAGGAAGCGGAGGAAAAGCGUGGCUGGGGCCAGUCCGGAAGAGGCAGCUAGUCCAGAGAAGCCCCAGGAGAUUCUACAUCAUCAGUCUUUAUCCCUAGCAUCUUCCCCAAAAGGGACCAUUGAGAACAUUUUGGAUAAUGACCCACGGGACCUUAUAGGAGACUUCUCCAAGGGUUACCUCUUUCAUACCGUUGCUGGGAAGCAUCAGGAUUUAAAAUACAUCUCUCCAGAAAUUAUUGCAUCUGUUUUGAAUGGCAAGUUUGCCAACCUCAUUAAAGAGUUUGUCAUCAUCGACUGCCGAUACCCAUAUGAAUAUGAGGGAGGCCACAUCAAGGGUGCAGUGAACUUGCACAUGGAAGAGGAGGUUGAAGAGUUCUUACUCAAGAAGCCCAUUGUACCUACGGAUGGCAAACGUGUUAUCGUGGUGUUCCACUGCGAGUUUUCUUCUGAGCGAGGCCCUCGCAUGUGCCGAUACGUGAGAGAGAGGGAUCGGCUUGGUAACGAGUACCCCAAACUCCACUACCCAGAGCUGUAUGUCCUGAAGGGCGGAUACAAGGAGUUCUUCCUGAAAUGCCAGUCUCACUGCGAGCCCCCCAGCUACCGGCCCAUGCACCACGAGGACUUUAAAGAAGACCUGAAGAAAUUCCGCACCAAGAGCCGGACCUGGGCCGGGGAGAAGAGCAAGAGGGAGAUGUACAGCCGCCUGAAGAAGCUCUGA